AUGACAAACUGGCGGCUAUUUUCGACUUCUGAUAUGGCGAACUGGCUGGACCACGGCACAGUUAUGAGUCUCAAAAGCUUUACUUGGGCUAGUGUCAAUGCCUGGGCCGGCCAAGGUGUCGGCCGAAAUAAUAAGUUCUACUACUAUGCUCCAAUGGUUCACUGCGCGACAGGGGCUAUGGCUAUUGGCGUUGGCGUAAGCGACACAAUUACUGGUCCAUACGUCGAUGCGCUUGGUCAUCCCCUGCUAGAAAACAACGAAAUUGACCCUACAGUCCAUAUCGAUGAUGAUGGUAACCCAGAUCUAUGGUAUGCGCAGCUGAACCAAGAUAUGUUUUCAUAUAUUGGCAGCCCCGCAAAGAUCCAGCUUACCGUCGCUGGCUUUGGAGCUCGUUCAGGUAGCGAGAAUCUCACAACUUCGUUCGAGGAGGGUCCCUGGGUCUACAAGCGAAAUAGCCUUUACUAUAAUGUUUUUGCUGCAGAUUGCUGCUCAGAAGACAUUCGCUAUUCAAGAAGUCCAGGUGCCCUGGGCCCGUGGAUAUACAGAGGCAUUGGAAAUUCGUACUUCCUUUAUCAUAAUGGUGCCUUACCCAGAGGUGGUGGCUACGAUCGAUCUGUGGCUGUUGGGCGAUUUGUCUAUAAUGCAGAUGGCUCCAUCCCCCAGAUGAACACGACAACUGCCGGAGCUCCGAGAAUAGAUGCGCUGAAUCCCUAUCAACGUCAAGAGGCGGAGUUGACCGCUUGGUCAACUGGUGUUUCCACUGAAGUGUGCAGUGAGGGAGGCCUAGACGUCUGCAGCAUUAACAAUAGUGACUACAUUAAAGUCGAACGCGUCAACUUUACCACUGGUGCUAAGUCUUUCUCCGCUCGUGUCGCUUCUGCAACUACCGGUGGCAAAGUCGAGUUGCAUUUAGACAGUUUGAAUGGAGCACUAGUUGGUACAUGUGCUGUUCGCAAUACCGGUGGCUGGUAA